GAAAAGAGAACGGGCAUUGCUGAGCAUCUCUUUCGAACUGCACCGUUCCCAUUACAUCCAGUCAUUCACCUUAGACUCGUAUAACCUGACUAUUCGUGCAUCACAAUUCUAUCUCCUGCUCAACACACAAUCAUUAGUUCAUCCACCUGUACAAAUGGAGCCUCCUCCAAUGGAUCCAGAAGUGGCCACCUCCAGAUCUCAGAUCGCCAUUCUGGGCGCGGGCAGCGUCGGAAGUGCCAUAGCCCUUUGUCUCAUUCUCAAUCCGGUUGCCAGCGAAGUCCUCCUCGUUGAUCCGAAUACCGCGUUACGAGAUGCCCAAGUCAAAGACCUUGAAGAUGCUACAACCUACCAUGGUACUGUGGGUGGUGGCGGAGUCCGCGUUCGAGCAGCAACUCAUAAGGAGGCUGGACAGUGUGAUAUCGUUGUCAUCAGCGCCGGUGCAAAACAGAGACAUGGCGAGACACGAACUGACCUCCUGGGUCGCAACCUUGCAAUCUUGAAGUCGGCCACGAACGACAUGAAGCCGUUCCGAAAGGACACCGUCAUCCUCACCGUGGCCAAUCCUGUCGACAUAUUGACCUUUUUCUGCCAGAAAUUCUCUGGCUUGCCUCAAGAACAGGUCAUUGGCAGUGGUACCUUCCUCGACACUGCCAGACUGAGAGGAAUCCUGGCAGCAAAGGUUGGAGUGGAUGCUAGUAGCGUGGAUGCCUACGUGCUUGGAGAACAUGGUGAAAGCCAGAUGGUGGCAUGGUCCUGUGUUACCGUGGGUGCUAUGCCCUUGCAUCAAUGCCUGCUGCCAGGGACGGAUCUCGACCGCAAAGCUAUCGCACUGGAGACAAAAGACAAGGCAGCAAAGAUCAUUGAGGCCAAAGGAGCGACCGCGUACGGCAUCGGAGCGCUUAGUGCUGCGAUCUGUAAGUCAAUUUUGUUUGACCAACGUAUUGUUCGGCCAAUCUCUCACUGGAUCGAUGAUCUCGGUUGCUGCUUGAGUCUGCCGGUCAUCCUUGGUCGAAAAGGCAUCGUCAGAAGUCUCAGCAUGCCUCUGAACAAGGAGGAGCGAGAUCUCCUGGAUAAGAGUGCCGACCUGCUGAAAGAGCUCAUCGUCGAGGCUGAACAGACUCAGCAACAGGCCUGAGGGACUCAACAAGCAUGGACGAGCACUUCCGAUAUCCUAGACUUUUCACUACUCAUCACUGUGGCCCUGUACUAUAGCAUUACUAGCAUUGAAUCAAUU